CGAUUUUCUGGGAAGCGCUACAAUUUUGCACAAGAUAUGGAUAGAGAAUAUAAAACUUUCAAAAGCUGUAACUUAGCGAAAUUAUGUCAGAUUUUACAUCAAUAACAAAAGAUUGUUGCCUUAAUGAUGUAACUUUGUUUAACGUAAGUAUGUUGGACAGACAGGGAGAUUAAACAAAGUAUUUAUUCAUUGGCGGACAGCGACAAACAAAUUUCUGCACGAGCUGCAGAAUGUAACCAAGUUCCUGCACAAUCUCUGCUGUCACUCCAAAACAAUGAAGAACACUGCCAUUAUAAGUUAUAUACCCAUUCUACGUGAAACACUUGAGACUUUAGUAUUUCGCGUCAAGGCUUUGCUGGCAGCCAACAAAUGUCAUGCUGCAUUUCAUUUGAGCAUUUUGGACAAUAAGGACCUGCAUGGCGAUGCAAUUAGAACACCCACUGGCUCAUUUGCCACUGAAGUUAAUAGCGACGAAGAAAUACCAGAGGAUGAUGACAGUGUUGAUGAAACAAUUUUGAACGAGAAUAUAACUGAUACAAGUGUAAGCAGCUCCACGAGACGCAGCAAAUCGUCCUCGCGCAGCAAAUGCUUUUAGAUGUUUAUAUAUACAUAUAUCAAUAAUAAAACUCAUUUA